CAGAAUGCGCGUGCGCACCUCGAUACAUAUAAAAAUGAUCGCGACGGACGGACUGUCAUCAGUCUCACUGUAAAGUCGAGAGGACACACAUCACAAUGUACACUAAACUGUUCAUCCUUUGCGCCGUGGUCGUGGUAGCGCUAGCCGCCGAGUACCCACCCGGCAUUCACCCCGCAGUCUGCCCUAACUACCCUUACUGCGACACAGCUAUGCUCGCCCGGUUCACCCCUGACGGCACACCCAUCCCCGAAUGGAUCUACAACCCUAGUAUUCUGCCAGUAGCGCCUAUUGACCCCAACAACCCCCCAAUUGGUGCCGCGCGCUACCCUGCAGACUUCAACCCUGCUCUCUGCCCCAACUACCCUUACUGCUGGUGAACAAAAAAACAUUAUGGAUUUAAGAAAUAAACAUUCGAUAAUUCCAGACUUCCUAACUCAUUAACUGGUACUUACCGAUCUCAUAGACGUUUUAUUUUUUUAUAAUUAUAGUGGUUAUUAUAUGUCAGUAAUGCUGUCUUUGUUAUUCUUUGAUAAUUAGAAAGGGCUAGAACAUUUUGUUCUGUCAGUUUCUUUAAUAGGUAAUCUGGAUUUAACGAAAUGUUUACGUGAAUUUUGUACAACACUGCCAUAUUUGUAAAACCAAUUGUAAAUAAGUAGUGUUCCCGUCUAUCCAUAAAUGUUGAAAACGUACCUGUACCUACUUAUUUGUAAAACAUGUAAAUUGUAAAUAAAGUACAGAUUUUGUA